AUGUCGUCCAACUUUGACGAUCAAGACAAGGUAGAAGAUCUUUACAACGGAUAUCCUGACAAGGUGAUUCCCUGCUUCGGGAUGAUGACGCCCGUCUCUAGUUUCCAUCCAUGGUUCUACCACGAGAUAUCACUUGUGGAACCAGUCCCUUCGAAAGAGGAUCAUUACCGAAGCCUAUUCCUGCAGCCAGGUUCCGCAAAGGAGGGCGAACUCGACAGACUCGUCCCGUUACUUCGCGAGCCGGUUGCUCUUAGCAAGGUCAUACAAAUUGUCAAAGAGAAGUUGCUCAAGUACCCGAACGCUAUGGUCGGGGAGGUUGGAUUGGACAAAAGCUUCAGGAUUGCGUAUAAUCCCUAUCCAGCACCCCCUCCGAGAAAGCUUUCCCCUUUCUCCACUCCACUGAGCCACCAGAUGGUGAUUCUAGAAGCACAAUUACGCCUCGCGGUCGAGCUCAAGAGAAAUGUGUCUCUGCAUAGUGUCGGUGCUCAACAACCAACUGUCGAGCUUUUACAGCGAAUGAGUCAGAAUUAUGGCAAGGACUGGCUCAGGAUCAGUGUCGAUAUGCACAGCUGCGGUUUGAGCGCUGAUGUGUGGAAGACGGUACAGAAAGCGCAUGCAAACAUAUUUCUUUCAUUAUCCACCGCGAUCAACUCCCGCUCCGACAAGCACCGGCAACUCAUCCGAGAGUGUGACGAGCACCGUCUGCUCGCCGAAUCCGACUAUCCUGAAGCCGGCAUGUGUGCGAGCCAAACGUGGAGCAUGGUCGAGACCAUUGCUGACAUCCGACAAUGGCCUGUGGAGACGGAGUGGGACGAAAAAGAGCCCGAUCCAGGAAACUGGGGAGUCGUCCGAAGGCUUGAGCGGAACUGGGCUCAGUUCUGCAAAGGAGAUCAUCCUGAGAUUGUGCACAAGUCACGUCGUCUUCGCAAACAGCACGAGCACUACCCGAGUGACGAGUCGACGGAGGAGGACGAAUAG